AUGAGGUUCUGUGUGGUGAUCAAGAAGGAGAACUACCUGGACCAGCAGCCUGCCAAGAUGGUGUUGGGUUUGGGCAGCGCUAAGCAGAUAUCCCGGCAGCCGGGCCACACCAUUUACCUGCUGCCCACGCUGGUGCUGGCCAUCCUGAUGUCCUGCGACCUCAACUACUACAUCAAGGGUACCUCCAUCAAGGGCUCCCUGAAGCCAGGCAAGGAGGCCAUGCUGCAUGCUGCAGACACUUCCCAGAACAUGGAGCUAGUUUACAUCCCUCUGUACGACGUCAACAAACGCCUGUUCUGUCUCACAUCCACAUCAUCACAGGGGGCGCUCAAGAUCCUCAUCUCAGCGCCUUAUUGGCUCUUCAACAAGACCGUUUGCAGGGACCUUGUCGGAUGGGUGGAGCAAGACCAUCGACAACCGACAUCAGAGCAAACGAGAGUACAUUCGUUACCAGGGAACCACCAGCGGAGAGCAUCUGGUGGCCGGGAAUCAUGGAUUGGCUCAUGGUUGAGAGUGCUGCGGGUGAGGAAGCCGCGCUGCUGUAAGGGACCCCAGGGCCCAGGGCCCGCUUCUCCUUCACCUAAGCCGACGGACAGGAGCAGCUCUUCCACCUCACUGACAGCGUCCACUCUGAGUUGGUAUAUGGCAGGGUCUACAGACAAUCAAGGACUACAAAGGGAAAACCAGACACGUCGCGGACACAGACGUCUUGCUUCCAGACAAGCUAAACACCUUUCUUCGCCCGCUUUGAUGAUAAUACAGUGCCACCGACACGGCCCGCUACCAAGGACUGUGGGCUCUCCUUCUCCGUGGCCGACAUCCACAGACGAUGCAAUCGCCAUCACACUGCACACUGCCCUAUCCCAUCUGGACAAGAGUAAAACCUAUGUAAGAAUGCUGUUCAUUGACUAUAGCUCAGCAUUCAACACCAUAGUACCCUCCAAGCUCAUCAUCAAGCUCGAGGCCCUGGGUCUGAACCCCGCCCUGUGCAAAUAGGUCCUGGACUUCCUGACGGGCCGCUCCCAGGUGGUGAAGGUAGGAAACAACACCUCCACUUCGCUGAUCCUCAACACUGGGGCCCCACAAGGAUGCGUGCUCAGCUCACACCUGUCCUCAUGUUCACCCAUGACUGCGUGGACUUGCACGCCUCCAACUCAAUCAUCAAGUUUGCAGACGACACCACAGUAGUAGGCCUGAUUACCAACAAAGACAAGAUAGCCUACAGGGAAGAGUUGAGGGCCCUGGGAGUGUGGUGCCAGGAAAAGAACCUCUCACCGAUGUCAACAAAACAAAGGAGUUGAUCGUGGACUUCAGGAAGCAACAGUGGAUAAGGUGGAAAGCUUCAAGUUUGUCAGCGUACAUAUCACUGACAACCUGAGAUGUUCCACCCACACAGACAGUGUGGUGAAGAAGGCGCCUAAAACCCUCAAACUUUUACAGACAAUUGAGAGCAUCUUGUCUGGCUGUAUCGCCGCCUGAUACGGCAACUGCACCGCUCGUAACCACAGGGCUCUCCAGAGUGUGGUGCGGUCUGCAGAAGGCGAGAUCAGUACAGGUGCAUCAAAGCUGGGACCGAGAGACAGAAGUUGUUUUUCAAUCUCAAGGUCAUCAGACUGUUAAAUUCUGUUAAAUAGCCAUCAAUAGCACAUUAGAGGCUGCUGCCCUAUAUACAUAGACUUGGAAUCACUGGCCACUUUAAUGGAACACUCGUCACUAUAAUAAUGUUUACAUAUUUUGCAUUACCCAUCUCGUUUGCAUAUACUGUAUUCUAUCUUAUUCUACUGUAUCUAAAUCUAUGCCGCUCCGACAUUGCUCGCCCAAUAUUUAUGGAGUCUUAAUUCCAUUCCUUGACUUUAGAUGUGUGUGUAUUGUUGUGAAAUUUUUAGAUGUUACUGUUAGAUAUUACUGCACUGUUAGAGCUGGAAACACAAGCAUUUCGCUACAACCGCAAUAACAUCUGCUAAACACGUUGUCUGUAACAAAUAAAAUGUUUAAUGGUAGGAAA